GGGCCAGUGUGGUGUGUCAGGUAGACACGGGUACACGCAUGACGACCGUGCGUUUUGGUGGGCGACUUACACUCGCGGAACGGAACGCGUACACACAGGUACCCACAGAGUCCUCAAACCCGGGCUCGCUUCCACGUACACAGAUUAAAUUUAAUUAGUAUUCAUCGCGCGCUCCAUCACCGCACGUCGAUUCCACGGAGACGCGCGCGCCUCACCGAUCGCCAUCGUCAUCGGGUUGGCAUUUCUAUCCAGCAGCAGGUUUCUGACGACGGGAUAUACACGAUCACAGUGAACCAGAGGCCCCGGUUGUUGAUUUGUGUCGCUGUGGCAAAAGCAAGUGUGUGGUGAAGGUUUUUUCUUUCUGCGUGUGUGCACACCUCGUGAUCGGAUCGGGAGAAGAUGGUCUGCACAAAAACUGAUUUGCAUCUUACUCGCUAAAGGGUAGAGCUUACUGUUGCCUAGCACCCCUAAACAUCAUCGGUCGCGUAACGCGUUGUGCAGUGCAGGGAUUUGCAGGCUGUUGCGUACAUAUGUGGCUAUACGAUAUACGAUAGAUACCUCCCCUCGUGCAGUGCAUGUUUGUUCUGCCCCAAACAAUCCAUCCCUUGUGUGUUCGGAAUUUCUUCAUCACUCCGGUGCGUACCGUUGUGCCACAUCGUCUAACUCUAACAACCUGUGUGUAAAGUGCGUUUUGCGUUGCGUGUGUUUGUGUGUUUUGUUGCUGUUGGCACGCGAGAGCAAACAAGUCUCCCCCGUGGAAGGGAGUUUAGAAAAAUUCUACACCACAUCGAAGCAAUCCGGGAAACGUAGUUAAAAGGAAAACGCAAGACAAUAACGCGGGGUAGCAGACGGUGAGGUGAUGAUGGAGCAGCCUAACGGUGGCGGUGUUAAUGGUGGUGGUGUUGGUGAGCCAACCGAUGACCGCAGUGCGUCACCAGCGAGAGCCCGAACCCCGAACAACAAUGCAACCGGGAUGGGUCCAUUGUCGGGGAUCAGCAAUGGAAUGGAUACCGUAACAGCAGCAGCAGCCACACCGAAGGCAACCGGCUGGGUAAAGUUCGAGGAGGACGGUGGACCGGAACCGAGCAAGUCCCCGUCACCGUCACUACCACCACCGCCGCCAGUCGCUGCCAGUAGGCAACAGCAUCCGUUGGCAACGGGCAGUAACCGUCAGUCGGUGGCAACAUCAUCGGACACGGCCCCGGCAGCCGUACUACCGACGGAAACGGUACAUGUAAAUCUGGACACACGAACACCUAGCACACCAAAGCAAACUCAACCACAAUCAUCGCAUGGACCCGGCAGUAAACAAACGCCCGCGACCGGGUCCGGCAUGCUAUCGAGUGGAGUCAACAAAACAUCACAACCGGCCGUCAUAGACAUUCCGAAGCAAUCGGUAAACGUUGUCCAACCGAUCCAGUCGAUGCGAACGAUCGAACUUUCGACCGGUCGUGUACGGGAAGGCUUCGCAAACGGUGAUGUUAUCGUUACCUUACUACCAACCAACACCCGGUGGCCAUGGAUCACACCGGCUGUAUUUCGUCCCGAGCUCGUCCCGGAAGAGCUGAUGGCGCAAGGUUUGACGCUCACAGUGGAGGAGUAUGUGCACGCAAUGGAAACGCUGGUAAACGACUACCGGUUCACGCUGUACAACAUCUGCUACAAACGCGUUCUGGUCGUGUGGAUUCUGUUCGCUUUCAUCGUACUGAUUGGGCUGCUGUUUUCCGGCUUCUAUGGCAUUACCUUGCUGUCGCUCGGUGUUGCCUGGUUGUUCCUGAAUGCGGCCGCCAUUUUUCUGUGCAUGUGGGUUAAGCUGAAGCUGGCGCGCGGUCUCGAACGGUGUAUGGCACGCGUUAAUAAGCAGCUAAUAAGACACAAAAUUUUGCUAGCACUGGACGACCGUGGACACAUCUCCUGCCACAAGGUGAACCUUUGCUUCCUGUACUUCGAACCGUCGCAAUGUAUUAGCUAUCUGAACGAGUUCAUAGAGCGCAGCGAACAGAACGGUAACACGAUCGAGCCGGGCUGGGAAAGCCGGUUGGACGUCACGACGAACGAUAUCGUUAUUCAGGGAGCGAACACGACCCGGCUGUCCCGGAAACAGGGACGAGCGGAAGGCAUCUUUCUGCGGUAUCUACAGCGCUGGGGUAAGGAUUAUCUGCGCCGACGGCUAGACUGGACGAUCGAGGAGAAUGCUAUCGUGUCGGCACCGCGUCAUCUGCCGACGGCUUACUGUCCCUGCCAGUACGCUGAAGAGGUGAUGCUGCAGAAGAAACCGAAGGAAGAUCCACGGCUUUGCUGUGCCACUGUACGGGUUCAUCUUGCCCGCAUCGGAUUCCAUUUCUGACUGUCCGGACGGUACGGACGUAACCGCAUCAUGCAGCCAACUUGUGCCUAAGAAUGUGCUCGACUUGUUCAAUUUUUGGUUUAGGACCAGUGAAGCAAACGGAAGGAUAGAUAGUUUAGUAGCGAAACGAUAGCUUAAGCCAAGCUAUGGCGAUGUUUUGUUAUUCGGUGUGUUUUUCGGGUCCUGUAAUUAAGCUUUGCAACGAGUACAAAAAUGCAAUCUCUCAAUCCCAAAACCUGUACGACUGUUAGACCUCAGAGUGCCUUUGGGUUUUUUGAUGUACCAUAUGUACCAGGGUGGAGCGUUUGAAACUGGUAGUAGAUGGAGAGGGUCAUUUUGUUUGAGGAUUUAUUUUUUCUACAAAUGUAAUCGGUGUAGAGAACAAAGAUCCAAAACGCUGUAUAGUGCGACCUUGAUCGGGCAUAUGUUUUUAAUUGGUGGCGGGAUGCAUUAGUAUUAUAGUGUGGAAGCGUUUCAUUUUAGUAGGAUUAGUUGACACUGAUGCUUUUCCGGAGGUUCCGUAGCGCGUACACGCAUCCGUAUCGCACUCAGCUGGAUUGGAUUCCUUUUGUUAAUUGUCUCUCCUUUUGGUAUAGACUGUCCCAAAUUAAAGCGUAUUAGUAACUAAUCACCAUUCGGAACACUAUUUCCUUCCAUCUUUACCUGUACCACCUGUCGCUCACCCCGCUGCUGGUUACUCUGCCUAUGCCUUUGUUUGGCCUGCCUGUCUUCAUCGUGUAUCUCCCAACCAAUCUCCCCAUUUGCAGGAACGAGGAAUGCUGCUGCUGCUGCGUUACGCAUCCCGGUGGGGUAACGAGGCAAUGCGUGGCCUUAUCGAUGUCACGCCAAAUGAUCCGGCCCGGCACUGCCGGCAGUACCAGUGCC